AUGAACCUAUACUUUUCGUUUCUGGCUGAAACGUAUUUGUGCAAUUCCCCCGUGGUUGCGGCCCGCGCACUGGAGCUGGUCAGGCCACGUAGCCGAGACCUGGCUUUUCCGAGACCCUGGUCGGCCGCUGGCAUGGCCAUUUACCACGUCAUAUCCGCGAUCCUAUUCACCAACGCGCAGCGGGCAGGGAUGGAGUUUUUGACCCGCAAGGGUAUACAAUUUGCCGGUGGGGAAGAGAACGUGAUGCAGGAAACGAAAAAACAAAAACACAAGAAUGACCAGGAGGGCAACGAAAAGGUUCAAAACAGCCAUAAACAAAAGUUCAACGACUACAAACGCCAUAGACAAACAGUAUCUUCCCCCCUCUCCUUUCGGCGUCACCAGUGCCAGGGAGAAGAAAACGCACACAUGUGGGACGUCGCGAAGGAGUACGCAUACAAAAGCGCGGGCCUGCGGAGCCAUGGCUACUCUUCGCCGUUUGCGUGGUGGACAAAAGCGGCCAGCGACGAUGUCACCAAGAAUCUGCACCGACAGCUCGGCCCGGGCGCGUUGCCGGUUGUAGUAUUGGGCGAUGUAGUAUUGGGUGAAAAAAUGUUAACGCUAACGAAAUCCGGCAUGAAGUGA